AUGUCUUACAACAUGUUGGCUUUCUGCUUAUUUUCGUUGCUCGCUUUUUCUUCUGCUUGCUACAUCCAGAACUGUCCCAUUGGAGGGAAGAGAUCCAUUCUGGAUAUGGAAGUCAGAAAGUGCAUUUCCUGCGGGCCGAGGAACCGAGGCCACUGCUUCGGGCCCAACAUCUGUUGCGGAGAAGAGCUGGGUUGUUACUUUGGCACAGCGGAAACUUUGCGAUGCCAGGAAGAAAUUUUUCUCCCGACCCCUUGCGAGUCUGGAAGGAAGCCGUGCGGGAGCAACGGGGGAACCUGUGCUGCCUCUGGCAUCUGCUGCAAUCACGAGGGUUGCAUGGUUGAUUCCGUAUGCGAUCAAGAAUGA